AUGUAUAGCGAGGACAGAGUUGAAUCCGAAGUUCUUGGUAACGAAGAUACAAACGGUGCAGAGGAAGCUGUAGAGGAGAAAGAAAAUGUUUCUUCAGAAGAAGAAACUGACGAAAAUAGUACGGAAUCAGAGGAAUCAUCGGAAGAGGAUGAAUCCAUAGAAGAAGAAGAACCAAAGUUAAAAUAUAAACGUUUGGAAGCUGAUGUUGGGGAGUUAUUAAAAAAUGAUGCCGCAAGCGCAAUGGCAGUUUCCGAUAAAUAUGUGGCUUUAGGGACACAUAACGGAGAAGUUUUUAUCCUAGAUUUUGACGGAAACCUGAUCAAGAAGUUUUCAUCGCACACAGCCACUGUUAAUGAUAUAUCAAUUGACGUUGCUGAAGAAUACGUUGCCAGUGCAUCAAUGGAUGGUAAAAUUGUUAUCCAUGGGAUGUACGUUGACUCUGAGCAAGUAUUUAACUAUCGACGUCCUCUUAAAUGUGUGGCACUCGAUCCUGACUUUAGUAGAAAAGAUACUCAGCAAUUUGUGUCGGGUGGUUUAGCUGGUCAAUUGAUAUUAAAUGAAAAAGGAUGGUUUGGUCACAAACAAGAUCGAGUGCUGCAACAUUCUGGUGAAGGUCCAAUUUAUGCUGUUCGAUGGAGAGGAAAUCUUAUUGCUUACGCAAACGACGAAGGAGUGAAAAUGUAUGAUAAUCAAUCACAACAAAGGAUUACAUAUAUAAAGAGACCUCCUGGUAGUCCUCGAGCAGAUUUAUAUCGAUGCAAUCUUUGUUGGCGUAGCGAUACUCAACUGUUGAUAGGGUGGGCGAAUUAUGUUCAAUUUGCAAUUGUUAAGGAGCAAAAUGUUUCUGGUCGACCACCGCUUUACGCUGAAGUUUCUAUGAUACAAACAGAUUUUAUCGUAUGUGGGAUUGCUCCUUUUAACGUAAUGACAUUACUAUUAGCAUAUAUUACCGACGAUAUUGUAAAAAACGAGGACUCGAAUGAUCCCGAACAGUAUAAACGACCACGCGCUAAACAACCCGAAUUACAAAUAAUCAAUUCAUCUAAUGAAGUAAUCUCGACGGAUGCAUUACCGUUACAUGGAUAUCUUCAUUACCAAGCAAAUGAUUAUAUACUUGAUUACUUCCCAUCUGAAGAUAUGUUUUACGUGGUCAGUCCCAAAGAUCUUGUUUUGUCAAAACCACGUGACUUGGAUGAUCAUAUUGGUUGGUUGUUGGAGCGUUCACGAUAUGAAGAGGCAUUAAACUCUCUUCGUGAAGCUCAAGCAUGGGGUGGAAGCAAGACUUAUGAUAUGACAGAAGUAGGAGGGAAAUAUAUAGCAUACUUGGUAGAAAAUGAGGAAUAUGCUGAAGCAGCAGAAAAAUGUCCCGGAAUUUUAAAGAAUAGCAAAGAAUUAUGGGAGCAAUGGGUCUUUGUAUUUGCUAAAUUUAGGAGGCUACAGGAAAUUACACCAUACAUACCUUUUAAAGACCCACAGCUAAGUAGCACUGUCUAUGAAAUGGUCUUGGCUCAUUUUUUGAAUUAUGAUCACCAGGCGUUGUGUAAAACUAUAAUGGCAUGGCCACCAACGAUUUACAAGAUUUCAAGUGUAACAGAGUUAGUAGAAGAUACUCUAGAAAAAGAACCUGAUAACAAAAUUCUAAUGGAAUGUCUUGCUGAAUUAUAUGCAUAUAACCAUGAGCCUGACAAGGCUCUUGAAUAUAACCUUCGUCUUCGAAGGCCAAAUGUCUUUGAUUUGAUAAGAGAAUACAAUUUGUUUUCUGCUGUGCAAGACAAAGUUGUUCUUUUAAUGGAUUUUGAUCAACAUUUAAUGUCAGAAGCUGAAAAAGAAGAUGAGAAUAAAGAGCAAGGUCCGACGAAAAAAAAAGAGCCUACAAAAAUUCCAAAAAUAAGGAAAGCCACAGAAAUGCCAGCAGUACAGUUAUUGAUAGAAAAUACCGAAUCAGUACCGAUCGCUCAUGUUGUACGCCAACUGAGACCUCAUCCUAUGUAUCUGCAUAUUUAUUUGGAUGCUUUGUUCAUUCGAGAUAUCCACAUCGGCUAUGAAUUUCACAAUGAUCAAGUAGAAUUGUAUGCUGAAUACGAUUAUCCCAGGUUGAUGAAGUUCCUUGAAACAAGUCAUUAUUACUAUGACCCAGAAAAAGCAUAUAAGAUUUGCAAGCAAAGAGAACUUGUUCCAGAAAUGGUAUUUCUUCUUGGACUUAUGGGACAUAAAAAGGAGGCACUGAUGUUGAUUAUAAAGCGAUUAGGAGACGUUCAAUAUGCUAUUGAUUUUGUUAAGAACCAACAUGAUGCUGUUUUGUGGGAAGAUUUGUUAGAAUACUCACUGGAUAAACCACUAUUCAUUACUGGUCUUUUGGAAAAUCUCGGAGGAAUUGAUAUAGAUCCUAUUCAAUUAAUUCAACGAAUACCCGAUGGUCUUAAAAUUCCCGGACUAAAGCAGUCAUUGAUAAAAGUGCUUCAUGAUUUCAAUUUACAGGCAUCUCUGAGAGAAGGAUGCCGGACUAUACUAGUUAGAGACAGUUCGGCAAUGGCUGGGCAACUUUUUAGUGCACAAAAGCGGGGAAUCUCCUCUGGAGAUGAUAUGGUGUGUUCAUCCUGCUCAAGCUCUUUAAUCAAUGAUGGGAAUUCGAUCGAAACUAGUGAAACAUAUGUCAUUUUCUUUUGUCGGCAUGCAUUUCAUGAGGGAUGUCUACUUGAUGCUGACACGGUAGCAUCACUUAGUAAACCAUUUUCUACGCGUGGAGUGGGUCCUAAAGUUCGUCACACCGCUGUUCUUCGGGAAUUGGAACCAAGGCCACAGUGUCCAAUUUGUAAUGAACAGCAACAUAAUCACACUUCUAAACCUGCGCCUAAGAAAAUUGUUGGUAACCCUGCUCGGUCUAAUCGUGCUUUUAUUAGAGGUAACCGUCCGAAUAAGGAGGAUGAUGGAAUGCCUCCAAUGGUCCAAUUGAGGCUCAGUGGGUGA